GGAACAAGAAUAGAGGAGAAACCUAAUUGGGACACUUGUUGCAGUGACAAUUGUCUGAGAGGGGAUUUCUUUUACAAUUACAAUCUUGUACAUCUUUUUUUCUGCAGGCUGCAGUCUGCAAAUGAUGGUCAUAAAUACCCUAGAUCCCAGACCUUGCCAAUAAUACGAGCCAAAAAUGCACUUUCCAAUCCCAAGCUACUACAGAUAAUAGAGCUUACAACUUCAAUAACAAGUAAUUCUAAUGAAACUGACAUUGUGCACCACAUUGACUUGGAUGCCAAUAUUGCCACAGAGGUCUGUCUUACUGUUCUUGACCUCUUGUGCCUCUUCAACCAGAGCCACCAGUUCCCUAAUGCAUUCUUCCAGGGACAAGCUGACCUUUGUGGGCCUUUCUGCUAUGAAGUUCUCAAAUGUUGCAACCAUCGGUCACGAUCUACUCAGCAUGAGGCUUCGGCCCUCCUCUAUUUCUUCAUGAGGAAGAACUUUGAGUACAACAAACAGAAGUCAAUUGUCAGAUCGCAUCUUCAGCUUAUUAAAGCAGUAAGUCAACUGAUUGCAGAUGCGGGCAUUGGGGGAUCUCGAUUUCAACACUCUCUGGCAAUUAUCAACAACUUUGCUAAUGGAGACAAGCAGAUGAAGAAUACCCUGUUUCCGGCAGAGGUAAAAGAUCUAACCAAGAGGAUCAGAACAGUUUUAAUGGCAACUGCCCAGAUGAAAGAACAUGAGAAAGAUCCUGAGAUGCUAGUGGACCUUCAGUACAGCUUGGCAAACUCUUAUGCCAGCACACCAGAGCUACGUAGGACCUGGCUAGAGAGCAUGGCCAAAAUCCAUGCUAGAAAUGGAGACUUAUCUGAGGCAGCCAUGUGUUAUGUUCACAUUGCCGCAUUGAUUGCUGAAUACUUGAAACGGAAAGGUUACUGGAAAAAUGAAACCAAUCAGACAACAAGCAUGCUGCUGGAAGAGGAACAUUCUUCUGAUUCUAAUCAAUUACUAAUCUCCAUGGGUGCAAAGAGUUUGUUCUCCAUGGGAUGGCCAGCCUUUCAGAGUAUCACACCAAAUAUUAUGGAAGAAGGUGCAAUGAAAGAAGACUCAGGGAUGCAGGAUACCCCAUAUAAUGAGAGUACUCUGGUAGAGCAGCUUGACCUGUGCGUUGACUAUCUCUGGAAAUCUGAAAGAUAUGAGUUGAUUGCUGAUGUUAGCAAGCCAGUCAUUGCUGUGUUUGAAAAGCAGAGAGACUUCAAGAGACUGUCAGAGCUCUAUUACCGCAUUCACCGAUCCUAUCUAAAAAUUGCAGAGGUGGUAAACGCAGAGAAAAGGCUGUUCGGACGUUAUUAUCGAGUCGCUUUUUAUGGCCAGUUUGUAGGGUUUCUUUGAAGAGGAGGAAGGAAAAGAGUACAUUUAUAAAGAACCCAAAUUAACAGGGUUGUCAGAGAUAUCGCAAAGGUUGCUCAAGCUCUAUACUGAUAAGUUUGGAGCAGACAAUGUAAAAAUCAUUCAGGAUUCCAACAAGGUGAAUCCCAAAGAUCUAGAUCCUAAGUUUGCUUACUUUCAAGUCACAUAUGUCACACCUUACUUUGAUGAGAAAGAGCUGGAAGACAGAAAGACAGAUUUUGAGAGGCAUCAUAAUAUCAGCCGGUUUGUGUUUGAGACUCCAUUCACUCUAUCAGGGAAGAAACAUGGCGGAGUGGAGGAGCAAUGCAAGAGGCGCACAGUACUGACCACCAGUCACUCGUUUCCAUAUGUGAAAAAACGUAUUCAAGUUGUAAGCCAAACAAGCACAGAACUUAAUCCUAUUGAAGUGGCUAUAGAUGAAAUGUCCAAAAAAGUUCAGGAGUUGCACCAGCUCUGCACUAUGGAUGAUGUGGAUAUGAUAAGACUGCAGCUGAAGCUUCAGGGGAGUGUCAGUGUCAAGGUAAACGCUGGACCUAUGGCAUAUGCUCGAGCCUUUCUAACAGAAACAAAUGCCAACAAUUACCCAGAAAGCCAAGUGAAGCAUCUUAAAGAAAUUUUCAGACAAUUCGCAGACACCUGUGGUCUAGCUCUGGAAGUGAAUGAACGGCUGAUAAAAGAGGAUCAACUAGAGUACCAAGAAGAGAUGAAAGCUCAUUACAAGGACAUUCUGGCCGAACUCUCUGAAGUCAUGAAUGAGCCGGUGAGAUAA